GUGAAAAUAGUAUUUCUUCUGUCCUAGUAAUAAGCCGUUUGUGAUGACGUCAUUUAUUAGAGCCGAGUAAAUUGACGGGCUUUAGGACCCAAAGAUGUUUACGCGGUGUCACGACACUCAGAUGCAGGGCAGCUGGACUGGGCGCAUCAGAAUAACUACAGUAUUAGAACCAGGGUUAAUCCGACCCUGGCCUGCCACCAGGUGUGACGGGCUGUUACCCAGUAAGGAGAUCUUACUGGAUGGGAGGACGCAUAAUGAGCGGGAAGAGUCUGCUGCUGAAGGUAAUCCUGCUGGGGGACGGUGGAGUCGGCAAAUCCUCCUUGAUGAACCGUUACGUCACAGACCGCUUUGACUCGCAGUCCUUUCACACCAUUGGUGUGGAGUUCCUCAAUCGAGACCUGGAGGUGGAUGGACGCCUGGUCACUCUUCAGAUCUGGGACACAGCAGGUCAGGAGCGCUUCAAGUCCUUGCGCACACCCUUCUACCGCGGCGCCGACUGCUGCCUCCUCACGUUUGCCGUGAACGACCUGCAGAGCUUUCAGAACCUGGGCUGCUGGAAGAAGGAGUUUAUGUACUACUCUGACGUGAAGGAUCCCGAGCGGUUCCCCUUCGUUGUGCUCGGCAAUAAGGUCGACAUGGAACAGAGGGAGGUUGGAGAAGAUGAGGCGCGGGCAUGGUGUGAGGAGAACGGAUGCUGUCCUUACUUUGAGACCAGCGCCAAGGAUGACACUAAUGUCACGGCUGCGUUUGAGGCAGCUGUCAGGGAGGUGCUGGCUGCUGAAGACCAGAUCGACCACACACUUCUGAGCAGUACUAUUGAUCUCCACGGAAACCGCAAAACCUCUCGCACGUCCUGCUGCUGAAUGUCAGGUGUGAAUCCACCUGGUCCUAAUCUCUCUGGCUCCAACUUUGCCCGAGGCGGUUUUGAGAGCCUUUCAGAUUUUUUUUUAUGGUACUUGUGCUAUUAGGUACUGAGUGCAGUAUACAGUACAGAUAAUAUGGAUUAGAUAGAGAACCUGUGAGAAGGUCAGUGUCAAGGACUGGGGCUUUAGUCUAGAUCGUUGACUUCUCACUCUAACCAAGGUACAGACUCACUCUGCUGCUUUCACUGGUGUUGCACAAGAAUAUUUCACCAAGCUUUCGCUCAGAGUUCUCGUUCAGGGUGUUGUGCGUCUGACGGUGGUUUCAAAGCAUUUUGGUUUAAUCAGAGAAAUUGCAAUUUUAAUUAACUCAGUGAAGAUACCAGUCUCCUAUUGAAGAGCACACUCUACUUUGGACACAGCGACAUGCAGCUGCUUUCGGAACUGCUUGAGUUUUUGGUCCACGAGGACUGAACACACAAUGGCCUUCAUUUCUUUUUAGAGAUGUUGACUGUGACCAAUGUUGUCUGAGGUACAAAGACACAGAAUGAAUGCUGCACACAAAAAAAGGGGACAUGUCCUUGUUUGCCUUCAGAGAGAGAGAAAGAGAAAGAGAGAGAGUGGAUUUGUGAGUAUUAGUUUUGUAACUCUGACUUCGGCGUUGGUGCUGAGCUGCUGUGAUGCUCUGAUUUAUGAGAUCAACAGACGGUUACCAUUGCCUUUGCUGUUGAGGUAGACGGACUGAAACUGCUUUAUGGUGUGAUCAGGAUUAUGAGCAGUCAGUGCAGUGGACCUAAGAAACAGAGUGCAUUAUUUUGUUCAGGUUAUUUCUGUGGAAAACAAAACACGGACUGAAUAAUUGAUGCAGUUCAUCAAUGUCACCAAACGGCAUAUCCUGCAAAACCUCUGUGAACUAAAAAUCUCUAACCUUAAAAGCAACUUUUAUUAACAUAACAGGUGAUAAACUCAAGCUAAAUGUUAUAGAAGAGAACUAAUCUUAAUCUUUGAUUUAAUUCCUGAUGAUCCAAAACUAAACACACUAUCUGAAAAGGCACAAGUUUGUGUUCAUUCCGUGGUUUGUCACCAGAUUAUUAACAUUUCUAAUCUCAGUUUUGGUACCUCUCCUCCUGUUUGGAAUUCCAUAGACUUCGCUGCAGAAGCAACUCUUUAGUUCUUUUCAUUUUGUUUUUGGAAAAGUAUAUUUACAUCAUUUAAAGUCUGUAGUUUGUUUGUUGACCUUGUUUGGUGUGCACACUAGAGGUUUGUGUUUGAUCAAGAUUACAGAAAACUCGCUCUAAGUUGGUACACUUCCUAAAAAUGUCAUUUUAGAAAAAUGGCAAUUUGAUAAUGCAUUUUCUUAGAAAAUGUCAAAAGACUUUCAGUAUUUUUACUCAACGUAAUGGUCACAUUCAUCUCUGGGUCACAUUCUGUUUUAAUAUUUAAUAUUAUCUUUAUUUUUGGCCCAUUAUUUUUGGAAUAUUGAGCUGCAUGAUGCAUGCAUUUAAAAUAGAAAAACCAAUCUGGACUGCAGGCAGGACAGUCAAGCACAUGAUUGUCCAACUGGCCUGCUGAAAAAAAAAAUCUCCGGACUGUUUUGGAAAACCUGUGUGUCACGUCAGUGUUGGUUCUCUGUCGUCCGGGUCCUUUUAUCUGAAGCAGUUUGUUAGACGGCGGCAGAACUGUCUUGGUUUCUCGAUGAUGUUUUCACCUCUCGUCCAAGAGUCUUCCUCAGUUCUGAAGAAGUUCUGAUGAAGCCUCUUCUGAAGUGCAAAGGUUUAAGUGCAGACCUGCUUGCACUGAAUGUGUGCUGUGUUAAAGGCAUUUCCUUUAGGAACCGUACCAACUUUUCUGUGAGUGGCAGUGUUUUAUUAUUCAGUAUUUUAUUUUUCUCACCGUCGGUUUGUCGUCGUUUUGUGUUCCAUUACAUACACUGUGCUGUCAGUGUGGUCAUAUCCUAGGUCUCAGUUGACCAUAGUAUAUUACAUAAGAGUAUUCAGAAAACUUGCAGAUGUUUCUCCUAAUGGUACUUUUCUCUUUUUUCCCAGUAUUUGUACAUAAAGGUUUACUACCCAGGGGAUGAACUUUAACUACUUAAACUAUGUAGUUUUACCUGCUGUGGUCCAAAAGCCAGUGUUGUUUUCAUCUGAAUUUUAAUGCUUCAAACUGAGUUGAAAAGAUUUAUCAAUUCAUUUUUUUAACCAUUUUUCUGUUGCUGCUUGAACGGUACAUUUUGUUGUUUGUUUUUUUCUUAGCAGAGAAAGCGAUGACAUAAGUAGGAAACUAGCAUUCUUCUUCUUCUUGUUCAUCUUCUUUCUUUCUCUUUCCAAUGGCCUCGGCCUUAGAAAACGUUUGCUUCUCCAUCGAACGGUUGCAUCCUCCUGUGUGCAUGCCGAUGAAAAGUGAACAUUACCAGAGUUUCACUGUGAAAAUGAGCGGGGGAGUAAGGGAGUAAGGGAGGGGUGAAACUGUACAAUGAUGAUAUUGAUGGAAUUACACGGUUCUUUGUUUUAAUGCAGACCUAUAAUUCACGCGUGUGUGUGUUCAUGGUCGUUGUUAAAACGUGUGUUUGAGAAGUGGUGCUCGGGGAGUUUUAUGAGAGUUUAUUAACUGUGAACUGAUUUUGGCAUUUGAACAGAAUGGAGCUGUUAGCCUGCGUUAAUUGCAGGCCAGAAACCGGGGGCUGAGGUUUGGUCGUUUGUCAGCGUUAAUACUUUCUGAAUUAAAACAGAAGCGUUCGUUUUCUUACUGGACGACUUUACCGUUCAGAGCAUGUAGCCGAACGCAGUGUUUACCUUAAGAGGGAGUGCGUAUUUACUGUACAAGCUGGUAUCAUAACGGUGUGUAGCUCUCAUUUGUCAUUGAGUCUAAUGUCAGUGUUUUGUUUCAUUUUUGAACUGUUUUAAAAAACUGUACUAUUUAAAUAUGAAUGUGAACGCUCAAUUCUCUGGCCUGUCCUCACUGUCGGCUAAUGUAAAUCGCAAAGGGCAUUAAUUGUAUGGCGAUUGUCGUCCGUUUUACUCCGUACUUACCCCACGUGUGUGUGUGAUGUAAGAUGUGUGAACGUUAGGACUUUUCAUCUCUUGUUGAUCCAAUCCUCAGCUUCCCUUACACCUCUCUUUUUGCACUACAAUGGAUACGCCUGAUUCUGCCAACAUGCUGGCAAAGUAUUGAAUACCCUCCAGUGCUUGGCUACAAAUAAAACAUGAGGCGAACCAAAGGGAAA